GACGAAUUUGCGUGUGCAGUAAUCAACAAUAAAUGUCAUGGCAUAGAGGAAUACAAAACAAAAAAAGAAACUGUGUCGAACGGUUGCCAAGGAAGCGCGGAAAAGGCAGAGAGCGUUCCAGCAGUGAUAAAUAGCAAAUUGAAUUUGCCAAAUUACGAAACAGCAAAUUGAUUUUACCACAGCCGUGCCGUGCCCAACAUACAUUAAUAUUGACCGUGUUUUUGUGUCCUAAUGGGCAAUAAUUGAAAAUUAAAAAGACUCGCAACCGUUGUUCCCCCCGUUUGUUCAUCAUCCCAAAAUGUUAACCCUGUAUUACGUGAGCGCUACUUUGAUGCAAUCCUGGCGAAUUCAAAGGGCCUGCAACAAAAUUGCCGAGCAGUUGGCGCAAUCGUCGAGCAUUGCAUUCUAUGCGCUCCAAGCUGGCCAUGACGAUGGCUUCGAUGCGACAAUUGCCAGUUCGGAGCUGUGUGCUAAUCGUAAUGCGGCCAAGGUUACGGAUAUUUUGUGGCUGCAUGGCAAUCAACACGGUUGCUGCCUGCGUCCAUUGCAAACGGUGCGCAUAACGCCAUGGAUCAGUUUUCCAGCGGCGCCCAGUUGGCUGCCAUUUGACUAUGCCGCCGAUGCCUUGACGCCCACAGCGACACCAACGGACAUUGAACCGCAGCCGCGCAUAACUCUGUCGGCGGACAAGACACAACAUUUGCAAUUGUUGCUCGAGGCUCAGGUAGAACGGGAUGCGGCCGCACACUUCGUUCCGGUUCGGCUGGAAAAUUACGGUAAGCUAAUCGCAUGGAAAAUAGACUCCCACCUGGCGGUGCUCAUCGAGACGGACGUUGAGCACUUCACACAACUAUUGAUAAUGACAUUUUUACAAAACAAUUUAUAUAUAAACGAUCAGUUGCCACUUAUAAGGAUUGAGUCUGUGCAGGGCGAGGGACAACCGCAGCCCUUCGAGCUGCUGGCCAAUCAUCUGAAGCGUCAAUCGCGCAACUCAGCUGAAAUUAGUCCAGAGGGCUGGCAGAAGCAUUUGGAGGAUUUACGUGGUCUCUGCGUAUUAGCUCACCAGGCAAUCGAAUUCGAGCAGCAAAAGAAUCGUACCGAACUCAAGGCUAGUGCUCCCAAACAGGAGCCAAUAGUCCAGCCGCCUGCAGCAGUACAGAGCAGUGUGAAGGCCGUGGCUGUUGUGGAACCCACCACCAAGAAAACAACUCCUGCCAAGCCCACAAAGCUAAAGCAGCCGGCGACAGCUGAAAAUCUAUUGAGCAAGCCGCGUGAAGUGGAAAAAACCCCAACCACCAUGCCAGCAGCAGAAUCCAGCCAAGAAUCGAAAUCCGCACAAGCGUCGAAAACAUCGACGCCCAGCAAGAGUUUUGUGGCCGUUAAACCGAAUUCGCCACCAUCGGAAUCCGCCGCUUCAACAUCCCGAAAGCGUCCCAUUUUGCAGCGGAAUAAGAAUAGCCUGGGUGAAUGUAAACCGCUUAAUGUGCUCGUCUAUUCGGACAGCGCAAGUGCCCGGGAUUCUGCAAUAGCAACACUUCGUCAGCUCCUUGAGUCGGAUGUGUACACCAUUUAUCCGCUGACACCGCAGCAGGCGGGGCAAAAGCAUUGGAUUGAGCAGACGGCGCUGCUCGUUGUUUGUGGAUCAGUACCACCAAACAUUGGCCAGAUACUUGUCGAUUAUUUUCUGCAUGGCGGCAAGGUCUUGAGUCUCUGCUCGGAUAUCUUGCACUUCAUAUUGCCCAAUUAUCGCACGGCUGAGGUUCGAGAGCACGAAUUGGUUCAGUUUUCCUAUGACAAAUGGCAGCGGGUGAAGAUGAUGCAUCACAUUUUCUGCUACCAGCCUUCUCCCGUUAAGAAGAACUUCUCUACGGAUAGCGAGGAGUCGUCGGUUCCGUCGCAUUCGCGUACACCGUCCAUGGAUUUGAAGGAUCUCGCCGGGCAGACACACAAAUUGGAUGUUAAAGUUUUGGGCACUGAGGAGACGUGGAACACGCCAAGUCUAAUGCUGGCCAACAGUUUGCAAAGUGGCGGCAAGGCCGUCUUCUCGCAGGUGCAUCUGGAGACAAAUCCCAGUGAGUUUGAGUUUGAUGAGGAUAAAUUUUCGAUUCUAAAGCAAAGCGAACCCACACGCAUCGAGAUCUUUACGGAUCUCCUGCGUAAGUAUCUGGAUGUCCAGGUGCGAAGCAGUGAUGCAGUGGCAUCCGCCGUGCCCGGAGUUGUCUUUAAGCAGGCCUACUUCCUGGGUCGCCAUGAGUCUAAAUUUGAGUUGUUGGAGAAGCUGCGUCCACGUUGUAGCGGCCCUGACGAUGUCAUAGUGACGCCCAAGCUAACCAUUAAAUUCUGUGGGAAAGACGAUAAGGCGCCCGUUGCGAACACAAAUGUGCUGCCCAUUAUAAUACAUUCCUGCCCAGAUGAUUUCUCCACGGUUGACUACUUUGAUAACUUAAAAACCGAGCAUAUUGGACGCCUGGUCAUCUAUGUGCCCAUCAUAAGCAGUUCCAUGCAUGUCAUCCAAGAUCUGGAGCUGAUGCACGGUAUUGCUGUGCUGCCUGUCCAACAAACUGCGGGCGUGGGCCGCAGCAAUAAUCAGUGGCUGAGUCCAGUUGGCUGUGCAAUGUUCUCCACUCAGCUGCACAUUCCCAUGGACACCCCGUUGGGAUCGCGUCUAUCCUUGAUCCAGCAUAUAAUUGGAGCCGCAAUUGUGAACACUCUGCGAGGUCAUAAACUGUAUAGGGUACUCGAUAUUGCUCUAAAAUGGCCAAAUGAUAUUAUUGCCAACGGUAACAUAAAAAUUGGUGGACUAGUCGUCAAUACCACCUUAUUAGGCUCGCAGGCAUUGGUGAAUAUUGGCAGCGGAAUUAAUUUAAACAACUCAAAACCAACAAUUUGCAUUAACGAUAUGAUAAAAGAGUAUAAUGCGCGGAUGCCCAUUGCUAAAUUACCAUUACUGAAAUAUGAGCAAUUUAUUGCAUUAAUUUUUAAUGAAAUCGAAGGAAUUUUGGCUGAAGUCCAGAACGGAGAUUUCAAACAUUUCUACGCCUUGUACUACGACCUUUGGCUGCAUAGCGAGCAAAGCGUUAAGAUUUUCCUGGAAAAUCAAGAAAAGGAUGCCAAGAUUAUUGGCAUCGAUGAUGCAGGUUUCUUGAAAGUAAAAUUAGCGAAUGGAACGAUUGAGACCGUUCAACCCGAUGGCAACAGUUUUGAUAUGCUGAAGGGAUUAAUAGUACCUAAAUACAAUUAAAAAGGAAUUAUUAUAAACUGCAAACUUAUUUAUUCCUCACUAUUUUUAUGCAAACAUACAUAACUUAUCGAACUACUAAUAACAGUUUGUAUUUUUAGGGGCAUUUAGAUAUACUUAUCAAUUAUUACAUAUAUUAAUAUAUAUUUAUAAAUGUUUGUACUUAAAGUGAUUAUUGUGUUGAAGCUUAUAUCCCGUUAGCUAGAUUAUUAACACACUGCCAAUAUACUGAGUGUUUUCCAAAUAUUUCGAAUUAUAUAUGUAAUCUUAAAAAUGUAUCUUUAAGAAGUUUGUCAUUUUACUAAAAUAUGUUAUUCCUAAAAAUUUGAUAUGUUUAAAGUCGUUCCCCGUAAUAUUUGAAAAUAACAUAUACUACUACCUUGAUAUAUGAGUGUUUA